AUGGACCAAAGCGUGCAACCCGAUCAUGAUAAUGGACCCGUCGCAGAGGAAUGGGACCAAUGGCUCAAUUCACCGCUAUUCAUCUCAGACUCGGACCUUCUCCCGUCCCAACAGGAUGUCGUUGAAGAAGAUCCUGCGGAAAUGCAACCGACGAAUGCCAACGUUGGAGGCCUUGUCAAUACCUCAGACAACAAAGAAGCCUUGAACAGCGGGACAGCAUCGACUCAGUUAGGAUCUUUGGAGGUCGGAUUUGGUUUUGACGAUACCUUUACGCUCGACGUAUGGUUUGGCGUCAAUAACGAGGACUCAUGCAGCAUCAACACUUUCGGGGGGAAUACAGUUACUUCUGGUGACACCUUAUCACAUCCACUCGUCCAGGACAUCUCUGAAAUCAACGAGUCCUUCACAAUACCUCAGGAGCCAUUGAGCCAAGAAGUUCGUGGUUCUGAAAAUUCCGCUGGAUGCGAUCUUCACUCGAAUCAAAAAUUGCUUGGAGGUAGCCAACUUUCUACCGAACCCCAACAAUUGACGUUGACAGAUUCAGCAUCGUCAGAACCGCAACCAAGAGGCCAACAGAGAGCAAACCGAUCAAACACCCAGGCGCAAAAUCCCACCAAGUUCGUCCCAAAAGCUGCACCCCGCAAGCCGACCGAGACAGACAAGCUUCUGGGGCUCAGUUACCAGAGAUACAGCCUCGACCAACCGAAGACACCCAGACGUCGCGACCACAAAAAUAUUCUGUCGCUGAGGAACUCCAGAGGUCAAUGCAUACGGUGUAUCUACAGACACAGAAAGAAUACUGGCGCCAUUUCAGAUUUCUUGAAAUCUAAAACCCCUGGUCAAAAGCGUCGCUCUGUGGCAUUUGACGUCUACUCCUGCUUCGAAAAUUCUUUUUGGGGUUUUGAAGAGCCAACCUUGGAAACCUGGAAUCUCCUUCAGGCUAUUACGAAUCUUGCUGCAAGCGAUGAGACUUCCAAUCUUUCGAUUUUUUGGCGCCGCUGUCUCACUGAAAGCGGGUUUCAAGCUCCAGCAACAUUCGCCAUGUCAUCGUUGCUCCUUGCAAAACCGGACUACCUCCGGUUGCUGGCACCUGAACAAGAAUCCUUCGUGCGCGCAUGCAGAUCCCAUUCUAGCUCCUGUCUGUUGAAGAUUAUCGACAGGGUUGUUCGUGGCCAGAGCUUUCCAAAUUGUGGAAGUUCCGGAAGAGAAUCUCUCAGCGAAAGUACAGUUAUCUUCGCGAUGCUUCUGCUAGGCUCUAUGAUACAUUUAUCAAUACACGAGAAUGCCCUUGACCGCAAAGCGCAUGACGCUUAUCAAUUUCUAGAACGAUACCUGACUGAAACCUUGCGACUCAUCGGCCCCAGCCUCGAAAAUUCUGGAUAUCACAACCCUGGUUCAAGCGAUUGGUUUGUCCUUCAAAAGAUUAACACAAGGUUGACGCAUUGUCAUUUUCUUCCCGAUGAGAGUGAUCUCAAUUCCUACCAAGCAUUUGCGAGAUUUUCAGGCUUACGCGACCUAGGGAGCCCAAACGAUUACAUGGCGCUGGUUCCCCUUUCAUGGUGGAAGAGUCGCAACUACCCAUCACUUCCCGGAUUGACUGCAGGUGAUCUUUACAAUACUUUGGGGUUGGUAUGCUGCUGCAUCAGCGAUAAUACUACCCGGCCCUCGGAAUUGCUCCAAAAAGCCAGACGGAGCUGGGCUGGGAUCAGAUUGUUCGUCGGUCUUCUCACUGAUGACAUCGUUGCUCAAAUCGCUCCCUGCCGCUCCCUUCCUCAUGACUCCUUUUUCAGCGACUUGAUAAGCGAGUGGAAGUUCGUCCUCGAAUUUUUUGAGGAAAUUCGUCCCAAGCAUUUCAAGCAUUUCGAUCUUAUCAACUAUGUCGGUACUUGGGGUGACUUCUUACAGGGCGCUUACGUCUGUUCGUUGCCAGUGGUGCUUAUGUCUAUGAGAGUCAUCAGCUUGGAUCGCUUGGUCACUACUCUGUGUGUUUUAUCCCUAUACGAAAAGUAUCGACUUGCAGCCAUAUUCUUGUUGCGUCAUCCUGCCGGCAUGGAUCUGGUGGCCAAAUUGCUAUCGAUACGACACCGGGUAGAGGAAGGUGCACUUUCUGGUACUGUGACGGGAGAUAAAUAG